AUGACAAUGACAAGAGGUCUGAGUGUUGCCAUCCGGUGUGCCUCCACAAAAGCUUUCAGCGCUGGAAUCAAGUCUCGAAAGCACCUUAUCCAUCACGAACCGUCGAAGGCACAUCUCCAAGCAGCAACCCAUUUAUACCGCAAAGAAAAAGGAACGAGAUCUCCUGCGACGGAUAACCGAACCACACAGGGAACGGUUGAUUCAUCGGUCAGUGCAGCAGUGAAGGAUUCCCACAAUAAUACAGACGAUCCAACAGAGAGCAAACGGGAUGGAGCCCCGUCCCUCUGGAGAAUUGGUGGUACUUCCCAGGCCUACCAGGAAUCCGCCACUGCCGCAUGGCGCAAUCGGAAGCGAAAUAACAAGUGA